AUCUCCCUCCCCUCACUGCUCUCAGGUAUAACUUAAGCUCUGGGAGAACAAGUUUUGUAAGGCGCGUAGCUUCAGAAAGCAUCACGUCAAAACGUCCCACAAUGUCUGAUGCCCAAGGAGGAACAAAGAAAAACAGAAGUAAGAAAGAAAUAAACAAAGAUGAAUCGAUACCUUUAAAGUACACCCCAAGGCCUUCUGCAACAUCGCCUAGCUCUUCUUCUGCGUCCAACAUACAGGAUAAUGUCAAUCAGCAAAUUUCCACGUGGAUCAAGAACAACAUAACAAAAAAGCAAUGCUGCCCUUUUAAGAAGGAUGCCAGCAACAAGGAAGUAUGUUGUUGUGAAUAUUCUGAGCUUGACUCCAUUGGUAAAGCCAGCAAGCCAGAGGACUUCAAAAAGCAUACCUGCAAUGAAGACAAACAUGUCCACGAGGUGUCAACAGAUGCUUUUGGAGAGAUCAAUUUUGGUGGUUUUUGGAAAAAGAGUAGCAAGUAUGUACGAGUAUUCACAGACACCAGACCUAAAGUGCUCUACGAGUUACUGACAAAGCAAUGGAAACUUCCGCCUCCCAAUCUGGUCAUCUCAGUGACUGGAGGAGCCAAUAACUUCUACCUGAAGUCCCACCUGACGAAGGCUUUUCACAGAGGACUGAUCAAAGUGGCUCAGACUACAGGUGCAUGGAUCAUCACCGGCGGUACCCACUCUGGUGUGAUGAUGCAUGUAGGACAGGCUGUGAGGGACUGUGCCCUGAAUAACACUACGAAGCGGAAAAUAGUGGCUAUUGGAGUGGCACCAUGGGGAGUAAUUCACAACAAGGACAAAUUAAUAAAUGAAGAAGGUUGCUUCCCAGCUCAUUAUGUGAUUGACAAACAGGGUCAGGGUGAUCUGGUCUGUCUCGACGACAAUCAUUCCCACCUCCUGCUGGUUGAUGAUGGGACCAGUGACAAAAAGGCCUAUGGUGCAGAGAUUCCGCUGCGCACGGAACUAGAGCAGUACAUCUCAGACCGAACUCUUGGAACUAAAGCGACUACUAUAAAAACCCUAGUGGUUUGUGUGGUGUUGGACGGAGGAGAAGGUACACUCAAAACCAUCUACAGUUCUAUUGAAAAGGGCACACCGUGCGUGAUCCUGCAGGGCUCUGGGAGGAUAGCAGAUGUUAUCGCUCAUGCGUCUGGAUUCCCAAUCAGUAGGAUCACCACCACUCUGAUCAAGGAGCUGACUAAGAAGUUUUUUGGAGAAGAGUACAAAAACAUAAAAGAUGACCAGAUUGAAGCCUGGAAAAAUAUGAUUCAUAAGAUAGUUGAGAAGCCUGACUUGCUGACAAUAUUCAGAGCAAGGAAAGAUGAUCAGGGCGUUUUGGAUGUGGCAAUCCUUGAUGCUCUUCUAAAAGCUUUCAAGACCACUACAUCACAAGAAGAUAUGUCCUGGAAGAAGCAUCUGGAGUUGGCUAUCACCUGGAACAGAGUUGAUUCAGCUGAGACUAAGAUUUUCACUGAGGAAAAGAUUUGGAAGUCCAGUGAACUCCACCGGUUCAUGUAUUUAGCCCUGGUUUGCAAUAAGCCUGAUUUUGUGAGUCUGCUCCUGGAGAACGGUGUGUGUCUGGAGGACUUUCUGGAUGACAACACCCUUUGUGAGCUCUACAAAAACUUGCCCAACUGCCUUUUUCUGUACAAGCUGUUCAAGAAGGUGAAAUUUACCACCAGCAGCAGGAGGAAGGCACUGGACAUGAAGGGUCUUGAUCAAGCACGAAAAAAUAUCUCCCUGAAAGAUGUCUCUAUUGAAGUGCGCCACCUGCUGGGGAAAUUCACAAAGCACAUCUAUCCAUCCUCCAAGGACGGAGAACAUACUAUGUGGAUAGAGGACAGGCCAUAUAGGGAUGAUGAAUCUAAGAGGGAUGCAGCCAGAGAUCUUUUCCUUUGGGCAGUUGUCCAGAACAACAAGGAGCUGUCUAAAAUUGCCUGGGAUCAGUGUGGAGACUGCAUGUCUGCUGCUCUGGCUGCCAGUAAGAUCCUGAAGAAAAUGGCAAAGGAGUCAAUUGAUGCAGACGAGCCUCAGGAAAUGCUGGAGCUCGCCAAUUACUUUGAAGAUCGUGCGAUUGGUGUGUUCAGUGAGUGCUACAAGAAUAAUGAGGAGCGUGCCCAGAAGCUGCUGGUUCGAAUCUCACACCUUUGGGGCGAGACGACGUGUCUGAGGCUGGCGCUGGAGGCCAAUGAUAAAAACUUUGUGGCUGAGUUAGGCGUUCAGGAUCGUCUUACUCAGAUUUGGUGUGGUGACCUUUCAGUCAACAAUCCUGUGUGGAGGGUGCUGAUCUGUAUGGUCUUCUUCCCUCUGACCUACACCAAGUUUCUGGCUUUCAGAUGUGAUGAAGUCCUCCAGAGAGAAAUCGAGCAGAAAGAGUGGAUAAAAAUGACUGGGGAGGAAGAGACAAAAAUCACUUUGAACAAUAAUUCGGAUUGCUCUAAGCAGAAUGUGGAGCCUCUGGGCUGCUUGUCCAGACUGAAAGGACUGUACAGCGCUCCUCAGGUCAAGUUUUAUGGAAACAUCGUCUCGUACUUUGCCUUCCUGUUCCUGUUUGCUUACGUCCUGAUGAUUGACUUCCAGAGUACACCGUCUAUAAAAGAGUUGGUGCUCUACAUCUGGUUGUUCACUCUGGUGUCUGAGGAGAUUAGACAGCUGUUUUAUGAUCCUGAUCAUUUUGGGUUUUGUGAGAAAGCCAAGGUGUACAUUCAAGAGCUGUGGAACAUUUUGGAUGUCAUCUCCAUCGUGCUGUUCUGUGUAGGACUUGGAUUGAGGAUGACAAAAGAGCUUUUCUAUCCAGGUAAAAUCAUCCUGUGCAUCGACUUUGUGGUCUUCUGUCUCCGCCUCAUGGCAAUCUUCACAAUCAAUCGCACCUUGGGACCUAAAAUCAUCAUAGUUAAGAAGAUGAUGAUGGACAUGUUCUUCUUCAUGUUCCUCCUGAGCAUCUGGGUUGUGGCGUACGGUGUGGCCAAACAAGGCAUCCUCAUCCAUAAUGAUGAUCGACUGGACUGGAUCAUUCGUGGGGCUGUUUACGAGCCAUACCUCAUUAUAUUUGGAAGUUUCCCUGAAAAUAUUGACAAAACUAGGUUUGAUAUAAAUUCAUGCAGCAUGGAUGGUACAGAUCCCAUGAAGCCCAAGUGUCCUGUGCUGAAUGAAAACCAAAUGACGGUCUUCCCUGAGUGGCUCACCAUCAUCAUGCUCUGUAUUUACUUGCUCUGUGCCAACAUAUUGCUCAUCAACCUCCUCAUAGCCAUCUUUAACUACUCGUUUGAGGAGGUCCAUGACAACACGGAUAGAAUCUGGAAGUUUCAAAGAUAUCAGCUGAUCAAAGAGUACUACAGCCGCCCGCCCCCCCCACCUCCUUUCAUCAUCUUCAGUCACCUCUACCUCUUCAUCAAAACGGUGCUGUGGAAAGCUCAGAAAUUACAGACUGAAUUCAAGGUUUCUAUCCCAAAAGAGGAAGAGGAUGUCCUGUUGUCCUGGGAGGCCUUGAUGAGGGACACAUUUGUGCUAUCUGAACGGCAGGCGAAGAGCCAGAGCAUGGAGGGGCACAUCCAGGAUUCAUCCCAAAAGGUUACCACCUUAACUGAACGGCUGGAGAAACUAGAAGAACAGUCAAACAAAGCACUGGAGAGUAUGGAGGACAUUAAGAAAUCUCAGGGUGAUUCUGCAAAAGAAACUGUCAGAGUUGCAACCUUAAGUGAACAACAGAAGAUGGAAGAGAAAACGCAAAUCCAAGCACUGCUGAAUAGAAUGGCAGAGCUAGAGGAACAGGUCACCAAUGCACUGCAAAGGAGAAUGGAUACACUAGAGGGACAGGUCACCAAAGCACUGCAGAGGAUUGAGGACAGUCUGAAAUCUCUUGGUGCUCCUGCAAAAGAAUCUCAACCACAGAGUACUGUCGAGUGAGAUGGACUCAGUGGUUGUUGCCAUGUCUACUUUAAAUAUGGAUCAUGGCACUAGGCCAUAAAUGGGUUGGUCUUCUGAAUAAGACAGUAGUAUACUCUGUGUUUUUUAUCUCCUUGCAGCACUGAAAAAGCACCUUACCAAAUUAUUGUUUCUUGCUGCAGGUUUCUUGAUUUUUCUAGCAGAAAUAUAACUAUUAAAUCAAUUUGUAUUUCUUACUUUUUGGAUGAAAUGUGCAUAGAUGCUAAAUGAAAUGAGUCUUAGUUAAAUACGUGGUGAUGUAAGUUAUGGGUAAUGUGAGUCUGAAGGCCAGAAAUAGACACAGACUUGUCUGCUUUUCUCUCUUUCAGUGUUGGAGUAAUCAGGAUGUUGUUUAUUGUCCAAGAUAUUUUGAUUUUUUAUUUGUAGUGUCACAAUUAAUGUUGAGUGAAAAUGCAAUGACUGUUCAACCUGUAAUUAAAAACAUGAAUCUGUGUUGGUGUAAAA